AAAAAAAAACACCCUGCUGGACAGGUUGAGCUGGGUGGCACCUUUGAGGGGGGAACUCCACACCUUGGCUGUCGAGUCUUGGUUAUUUCGGGGCACGAGUGCCUUCUGCCACCCUCCCCUUUCCCCUCUACCCACCUCCUCGCCCCAAUGAAGGAGCCGGAUGCCAUUAAACUCUUCAUUGGGCAGAUCCCCAGGAACCUAGAGGAGAAGGACCUCAAGCCCAUCUUCGAGCAGUUUGGCAAAAUCUAUGAACUCACGGUCAUCAAAGACAAAUUCACCGGGGUGCACAAAGGAUGCGCCUUCCUGACGUACUGCGCCCGGGAGUCAGCGCUGAAAGCUCAGGAGUGCCCUCCAUGAACAGAAGACGUUGCCGGGGAUGAAUCGACCGAUUCAGGUGAAACCUGCAGACAGCGAGAGCCGAGGAGAGGACCGCAAGCUGUUCGUCGGCAUGCUGGGAAAGCAGCAGACAGACGAGGAUGUCCGCAGGAUGUUCGAGCCCUUCGGGAACAUAGACGAGUGUACGGUCCUUCGGGGGGCCGGACGGGACCAGCAAAGGUUGUGCAUUUGUGAAGUUUCAGACACAUUCAGAGGCGCAGGCGGCCAUCAACGCGCUCCACGGGAGCCGGACACUGCCGGGGGCCUCCUCCAGCCUGGUGGUGAAAUUCGCCGACACGGAGAAGGAGCGGGGGCUGCGCCGGAUGCAGCAGGUGGCCAAUCAGCUCGGCAUGUUCAGCCCCAUCGCCCUCCAGUUCGGGGCGUACAGCGCGUACACACAGGCACUUAUGCAGCAGCAGCAGGCCGCCCUGGUGGCCGCUCACAGUGCUUACCUCAACCCCAUGGCCACCAUGGCCGCCGUCCAGAUGCAGCAAAUGGCGACAAUCAACCCCAACGGGAUCAUAGCCACUCCCAUCACCCCAAUAACCCGUACCAGUACACCCCCCACUCUUGCAGCCACACCAGUAUCAGCCAUCCCUGCCACCCUGGGAGUUAACGGCUAUAGCGCAGUGCCCACGCAGAGCAGCGUUCAGCCCAGCUCGGAGGCUAUCUACACCAAUGGCCUUCACCCGUAUCCAGCCCAGAGUCCGGUGACCCAACUGGACCCUCUACAGCAGGCCUAUGCCGGCAUGCAGCACUACACAGGUAAAUCUGCCUAUCCUGCAGCCUACGGCCUGGUGAGCCCAGCGUUUACGCAGCCUCCACCAUUAUUACCCCAGCAGCCCCCACAGCGUCCGGAGGGCUGCAACAUCUUUAUCUACCACCUGCCCCAAGAGUUCACGGAUUCGGAGAUCCUUCAGAUGUUCCUCCCAUUCGGCUUUGUAAGUUUUGACAAUCCCGGCAGCGCCCAAGCUGCCAUUCAGGCCAUGAACGGUUUCCAGAUUGGCAUGAAGAGACUCAAAGUACAACUAAAGAGACCAAAAGAUGCCAACCGGCCAUAUUGA